CGCGCACUACAAGUCCCGGCGUGCCUCCCGACACCGCCCGGAAGGCUCCGUCAGCAGUCGGCGUUGGUCAGUGGUGCCGGAGCCGGUGGGGAGCCAUGGCCGGGCAGAUGGCGGUGCUGGGUUCGGCUGUACUGGCUCUCUUGUUAGCUGGCUAUUUAGCACAGCAGUAUUUACCUAUGCCAACACCAAAAGUAAUUGGGAUUGAUCUUGGCACAACUUACUGCUCUGUUGGUGUCUUCCUUCCUGGAACAGGGCAGGUGAAGGUUAUUGUGGACGAAAAUGGGCACAACAGCGUACCCAGUAUAGUGUCUUUCACAGACAAAGAUGUGCACGUAGGAUAUAAUGGCCUAGAACUGGCUGAUUCUAAUCCUCAGAACACUAUAUAUGAUGCAAAAAGAUUCAUUGGGAAAAUCUUCACUCCAGAAGAACUGAGAAGUGAAAGUAGCAGGUAUCCAUUUAAGAUUUUCAACAACAAUGGAUCAGCUGAAUUUUCUGUGACAACCAAUGAAACCUUUCGUGUCACUCCAGAGUAUAUUGGCUCUCAGCUGCUCCUGAAAUUGAAGAGAAUGGCAGAAGACUAUCUUGGCAUGCCCGUUUCAAAGGCAGUCAUCUCUGUGCCAGCAGAGUUUGACGAAAGGCAACGGAAUUCUACCAUUAAGGCAGCUAACCUUGCAGGGCUAGAAAUUUUGCGAGUAAUAAAUGAACCCACUGCUGCAGCUAUGGCUUAUGGACUCCACAAAGUUGAUGUGUUUAACGUCCUGGUGGUGGAUUUGGGUGGAGGAACAUUAGAUGUUUCUCUGUUGAACAAGCAGGGAGGGAUGUUCCUCACGCGAGCCAUGGCAGGUAACAACAAACUUGGAGGACAGGAUUUUAAUCAAAGGUUGUUGCAGCAUUUGUAUGCUCAGCUCCAUCAAAGGUAUGGUUCUUUACCAUCAAGAAAAGAAGAAAUACAUCGACUCAGACAGGCUGUGGAAGCAGUUAAAUUAAAUUUGACUGUGCAUGAGACCUCUACAAUAAGAGUGUCAUUGACUAUCCUAGAAAAGAUUGCAAAAGAUCUUCCAGAAAGUGAGCUGAACACAAAUACUGUGCUUAAAGACAAGCCUUCACAAAUAACAAAAGAUGAAAAAUAUCUUGGAGGCAAUUCACAAGUGCAGAACAACUUUGUCAAAGUUCUGUUUGAAACAGAAAUCUCUAGGAAGCUAUUUGAGAUGCUGAAUGAGGACCUUUUCAAGAAGAUUCUUGUGCCCAUUGAACAGGUGUUGAAGGAAGGCCAUCUACACAAAGCAGAAGUGGAUGAAAUCGUGUUAGUUGGAGGCUCUACACGGAUUCCUCAAAUACGCAAAGUUAUUCGAGAUUUCUUUGGAAAGGAACCUAACACCACUGUAGAUCCUGAUCUAGCAGUUGUAAUGGGUGCAGCUCUCCAAGCAGGAAUCGUUGGUGGGUCCUGGCCUCUCCAAGUUAGUGCUAUAGAAAUUCCUAAUAGGCAUUUACGGAAAACUAAUUUUAACUGAAAAUAAACUCUUUCCCAUUGCAUUCCAUCUCUCCAAUAGUGUACUAUGACUGUGCAUACUUAUCUAACUGGCAGUGAAGCCUAAUCUUAGCCAUAUUAUAUUCAUUUUUAUAUCUAUUCCAGUUAGGUGUUGCUGGAAACCUAAUUCUGUUAAAGCUAGAUGUUACUUUAAAGGUAUGAGAGAUUUUGAAGUUUGGAAGUGUCCCCCAUUGACUUGUAGAUGGGAAUAUUGGAUGAAAAUGCUAAUGACGACAGUCACAUUCUCUUGCUAGAUUUUAUUAGCAAAUCUUGAAGAGGUGUUUAAAAAUGAAAAUGUAAAGGGAGUGUGACCAAAGGUUGCCGGCAAUGUGCUAUUGUGCCGUAGGUAUUCCCAUGUUUAAUAUAUUUUGAAAGAACGUGAAUCAGUGUUAGCGCACAGAGCACUAGCAGUGUUGAGCUUAGUUAUUUAUUAAAUUGAGUCAUUUGAGCAUUUAAGCACCUUUCUAAAAGGCAUAUUGCAGCUUGAAUGAGAUUUACGCAUUCACUUGAUUCUUCUGCUGUUCAUAACAGCAUAUUAUUGAGACUAUAUGGCAAAUUCUUGUCUCCUGGUUCAGUCAAACCAUAUUAAGAAAUUUAGCUCUUGUGCUACUUAGUGUGGUGUCUCCAAGAGCUAAAUUCCUGGUCUGUGUUUAAUCAUUACUCGUAGGUGCUGCUGUCGUACCACUGAUGAUCUUAACAGAGAACAAGUGCAUACCACCAACUACUUAUAACCUCCUUCAUAUGAAAACUGUAUAAAUUUUCUGUAUUUUUUAAAAAAAGUUAUGCCUGUACAUCUUUCUUCCCUUGAAUUUGACCAACAUGAAUUUCAUUUUUGUGCGAUUACAAAUGUUACCUCUUUCCCUGUCCCCCACCCCAGCCUUAUUUUUUCAGGGAGAAAGUGUGGGACAGAAGGGACCUCCUGGAUGAAGUUUAGCUCCUGAAGUUUUAGUAAAUGAAAAUUCACCUUGCUCUUUUGUACUUUUUAGCUAGUAUCUCUGGUUUAAGUUCCUCGUCCUAGUCCCCACUCUAAACUGAACAUGGAUUAGAGAUUGUCGCUGUUCUGGUAGGGAAACGGUGCAUGUAAAGUACAUGCAACCCAGGAUUUGAGGUAGCAUUUCUUGGGACUUUAUUUUAAGGAAGUAUUUUGGUGCCCAGCUACCUAGCAAGUGCAUGAGAGAAGAAAUCGAUGCUCAUUUUGGUGACUGAGUUCUACUCUAUGUGGAGAGUUAAAACAAUGUUUAAAAGGCUGGAUAUUUUCUUUUUUUGUGUAGAACUGUCUUACUACAAUGAAAACACUUCAUUCAGCUAAGACUCAUUUAGACAUCCAUUAACAAACCCUAGUCUUCAUCAGGUAAGCUCUAGUAACAAGUGGCACUAAGCAUUUUUCUGUAUGCCUCAAUUUUUUUCAUAUUAGCUUACUCAAAGUUUGGGGUUUAGAUUUAUGGUCUCAGCUAUGACUACAGUAAAGUAGCCUUAUUAGUCUCCUGGUGGUAGACCUGAUUUCUGGCACCACCUUAGUUGUGCUGAUUCAGCUGUUUGUGUAGCUGUAGUGUAAAUCAUAUCUUUGAAGUAAUCUGACUAAAAAAAAGAAAAACUCUUAAAUUGAAACAUAAUUUCGUGUAACCGUUCCAUCAGCAUUGUUUAACUUUAUAGAAGAUACCCAAAAUAUUGCUAGCAUCUGUUUAAUUUCACUGAGUGGAAAACCAAAGUGAUUUUUAUAUAGGAAUUUUUUUCCUUUGUACCUCUUUGAAAUUGACCCUGAAAGUCUGUGUGGAGCUUUCAGUAAAAAGUGAUAAUGUAUUCAAAAGAAAACAUUGCACAGUUAUAAAAAGUGAGCAGUAAGGGACUAAGGUGAAUAUAACUAAAACUCCUGACUUGGAAGAAGUGUAGCUUCAGUGAAAUCAUGGAUGAAUGCCAAUAUACAGUACAGUUCUCUUGCAGUUGCUGUCUUUGCCUUGCAGAUAUUGUAGGUAUUUAAGUCUUGAGUCAUUGUGACCUUUCCUUCUGCCCUGCUGUAAAUUCUUCUCAAAGUAUACUGGAAUUACAGUAGGACUUAAGUCUUCAUUUUUAAUGCACUUUGUGAAAUGAGCAAACCUGCGUAAAAAUGGAAUCACAUUGUAGUUAAGCUAAACUAUCAAAAGCUUUUUACAAGUUUGGGGACAGGUUAGGCAGGAGUCUGAGAGCAGCUUUUAAAUGUGAAGCUCUCAAUGCAAGUAAAUGAAUUACUUCUAAUGUGUACUCCUUCACUCUAGCAAAGUUCAACAGUUAAGUUUCUUCCAGUGUUAAUCUGGGAAUUGUAAAGGAAGGGUGAGUUGUUUACUUGAACUUCACAAAAGGGUAUUUAUUCAGAUUUCUCUACAGAUUUUUUUUUUUAAAUAGAGAAGUUACUGUACAUUGGAUAUCUCACAAUGCAUCCUUAUUUAUUAGAUAACUUGAUUGCAGAAUUCAGAAAAUAGUUAUUUAUUUUGUAUCUUUGGUUUUGGUACUGUAUUUUGGCACAAACCAUUGAAUUCUAAAGAUGAGUGGAACACUGUACUAAAUGGAUCUUUCCAGGUAUACACGUGUACUGCUUACCACUAGAAGUCUCUGUUUAAACAAAUUAUUAUUUGAAGGCUGAAAUCCUUUACAAACUGUCCUUCAAAUCUGAAUAAUGUUGCCUGUGGCGUAAUGCAGAUAUUUAUAUAGCUAAUGCUUGUUUCAUGGGUAGAAGUUUUGAAAGUAUAAGAUGCCUCACCAAUUGUAUGCUCCUGAGUUGUUUUCAAAUGCAGAAGAUAAAAUGCAUUUUAUAAAUAACCUUUUAGAAUGUUUUUAAUAAAAGGAAUUUCUCUGUC